UGAACGGUAAUAAAAAUUUUUGUUUUUGAUCUCGAAAUAAAUAUUUUUUGUUUUAGAUGUUCUUUUACUUUCACUUGGUGUAUCACAUCGACGUCGAUUAAUAAAUCAAUGUCGUGCUCAAGCAUGUCAAAAAGCUUUACAAAAAACAUUUUCUCUUCCAGAAAAUUCUAAUGAACAAAUACUUAUUAAUCAAUUUGCUAAAGGAUUUUGUUCAAAAUCAUUUGAUGAACGUAUAUCAAAAGAAAUGGAUAUUAAUUAUAAAAUAUCUAUUGAUCAAUAUCAAAAUCAAAUUGUUAAGCAAUGUAUGUCAAAUUUAUUUAAACAAUUUCCAGAAAAUAAUUUACAAUUUUUAAUUCAAUCCGGUGCUAAAGGUUAA